AUGCUUAACGAAAAAGUCAUAGGAGAAUAUGUUUAUUUAGUAUCUGAAGAAUAGAAAGUUGGUGUUGGUUAAUUCAGUCAUGUUUAUAAAGGAUAUCAUGAAAAGACUAAAAUGCCAGUAGCAAUCAAACAGAUUGACAAAAAACAAACUAAAGGCAUUUUUGAAUAGAUGCUUAGAAAUGAAAUUAAUAUCCUUAAACAAUUGAAUCAUUCAUAUAUUCUAAAGAUGUAUGCUUACUAUGAAACAGCUAAUAAUUAUUAUAUAAUAACAGAAUUUUGUGAGACAGGUAAACAACAUUUAUAUAUAUAUAUACAAUAGAUAUACUAUAAAUAUUAAAAUAAAAAGGAUCUUUACCUGAAAACAUAGUAAUUAAUUAUGUAUUAUAAAUUGGUGAAGCAUUGAAGUAUUUAAAUUCAAAAAGUAAUCUUUCAUUUUUAUUUAAGAAAUUGUUCAUAGAGAUAUUAAACCAUCAAAUAUCUUAAUUCAUGAAGGCGAAGUGAGAUUAGCAGAUUUUGGCUUUGCAGUUCAUUAAGAUAAAGUUGGAAUUGAAGAUAAAUAGUUUUAGAUUGGAUCUCCAUUAUAUAUGUCACCAGAAACAUUAUUAAAAAAUGAAUACAAUUAUAAAACUGACUUAUGGUCUUUAGGAGUCUUAUUUUUUGAAAUGAUUUUUGGUAUCUACUUAUAUUUAUUAUAAAGGUGUCGUUCCUUUUUUCUCAAUGGAGAUGGAUGAUUUAAUUAGAAAAUUAUAACAAUAUCAAAAGGAUUAUACAUUAAUGUUUAAACAUCCAAUUUCAGAAGCUAGUACUAAUGCUAUCAGAAAUCUAUUAGCUUAUAAUCCAACUCAUAGAUGUGAAAUUAAACAAUUAGAAAUAAUACUCAAUAAUAAUUCCAAAAAUAGAUAAUCUGAUGAUGUUAAUAUUAAUUCUUAGCCACGUAACAUUACUCCUGAUAAAAAAAGAAAAGCUAGUCCUGAUUAAAGUCCUUAAAAUAGAAGCAGAGUAUAACCUGUAAAAAAAGAAUUAGUCAGAGUUAGUGGUAAUGCUUAAAGUUUAGAAAACAAACCUACAUAUUUUAUGAAAAGUAGACAUAAUAAAGAAGAUGAAAAAUAAAAUUCAAAAAGAGAUGAAAGUCUAGGAACUGAUAGAAAGGAUAAUGGAGCUUAUGAUAUCUCAAUAAUGAGGAAUCAUGAUUAAAAUCCUAAGAAUAAUGAAAUUACAGAGUUAAAUAUGAAUAAUGAAGAUUUUUUAACAUAUCUAAUUUAAAAAUUAGAAUAGGCAAAAAGAUAAGACUAAAAUUAAAAUAAACAAAUUAACGAGUGUCAAUUAUUGUUAGUAUGAAUUUUUUACAUAUAAGUAUCAAUAUUAUGGGAAAGAUCAAGAUGUACUCUAAGCUUUGAAAAAUAAAGAACUAAAUAGUUGA